AUGGCGCCCAACAGCAGCAGCCCAUCUGACCCUCCAUCAUCAUUCUUCCAAAAGCUCGGGGCAUUUCUAGGGUUGUUCAGAAAGCCUCAGCCACCUCAGCCAGAAUACCCCUAUGUCCCUGGCAACAGCGCUCGAGAAGAGCAGACAGAUAUAGCCGAGGACAUUCAGAAGCUUGGAUUCAAGGAUAUUGAAACUCUGCUUCUUUAUCUCAAUUCCUCCGUAAAAGGGGUCAACGACGACAAGCAGCUGCUCCUCGAGCGAUUGAUCCAGUUACUGUCCAAGCUGCCUCCGACGUCGACCAAUGGCAAAAAGGUGACAGACGGACUUAUCACGGCACUAUGGGAAAGCCUAGACCAUCCUCCUGUGUCGAGCCUCGGUGAGAAAUACCGAUUCCGUGAGGCCGAUGGCUCAAACAACAAUAUCCAUAACCCCACGCUGGGAACUGCAGGUGGCCACUAUGCAAGGUCGGCCAAGCCCAUGGUCUACCAGAACCCCAACCCACCGGCGCCCGAAACCAUCUUCGAUACGUUGAUGGCGAGAGAUCCGACCAAGUUCAGGCCACAUCCGAACCAGAUCUCUAGCGUGCUCUUUUACUUUGCGACUAUUAUCACCCACGACAUUUUCCAAACCUCGUCGAGGGAUCCUUCCAUAAACUUGACCUCAUCCUACCUCGAUCUCUCUCCGCUCUAUGGCAGAAAUCUCCAGGAGCAACUGUCUGUGAGGGCCAUGAAGGGCGGACUACUGAAGCCCGAUACCUUUUGCUCCAAGAGGGUUCACGGGUUUCCUCCUGGUGUUGGCGUUCUUUUGAUUAUGUUUAAUCGAUUUCACAACUACGUCGUCACGUCACUAGCCAGGAUCAACGAGGGCAACCGCUUCAAGAAGCCCGCAGGAGACGACACCGCCGCUUGGGAAAAGUACGACAACGACUUGUUCCAGACCGGGCGGCUCAUCACCUGCGGUCUGUACGUCAACAUAAUUCUGGUCGACUACGUCCGCACGAUCCUUAACCUGAACCGAGUGGACAGCAGCUGGAUCCUCGACCCUCGCACCGAGGAGGGGAAGAGCUUGCUCAGCAAGCCAACCCCAGAGGCGGUAGGGAACCAGGUCUCGGUGGAGUUCAACCUCAUCUAUCGGUGGCACUGCGGCAUGUCACAGCGCGAUGACAAGUGGACCACCGACAUGUUGACCGAGGCGCUCGGCGGCAAGGAUCCGGCCACGGCUAGUCUGUCCGAGUUCUUUGGGGCGCUCGGCAGGUUCGAGGCCUCGUUUCCAAACGAGCCGGAGAAGCGCACCCUGGCUGGUCUGAAGCGCCAGGAGGAUGGUACUUUUGAGGACGAGGGCCUGAUCAAGAUCAUGCAAGAAUCGAUCGAGGAGGUUGCCGGCGCAUUUGGGCCAAACCAUGUCCCGGCCUGCAUGCGUGCCAUUGAGAUCCUCGGCAUGAACCAGGCCCGCGCCUGGAACGUGGCCACGCUGAACGAGUUUCGGGAGUUCAUCGGGCUCAAGCGCUACGACAGGUUUGAAGACAUCAACCCGGACCCCAAGGUCGCCAAGCUGUUGGCCGAGAUGUACGGCUCUCCCGACGCCGUCGAGCUGUACCCCGGCAUCAACGCCGAGGCACCAAAGCCCGUGGUCGUCCCUGGCAGUGGCCUCUGCCCGCCAUCGACGACGGGCAGGGCGAUCCUGUCGGACGCGGUGACUCUGGUCCGGGGCGAUCGCUUCUUCACCGUCGACUACACCCCGAGGAACCUCACCAACUUUGGCCACCAAGAGGCUGCCACCGACAAGACGGUCGACAACGGCAACGUCAUCUACAAGCUCUUCUUCCGCGCCUUCCCGAACCACUACGUCCAGAACAGCAUCUACGCCCACUUCCCCUUUGUGACACCCUCGGAGAACAAGAAGAUCAUGGAGAGCCUGGGCCUCUCUGGCAAGUACUCGUGGCAGCCGCCGCAGCGCAAGCCAGCGACGCACAUCAUCCGCUCGCACGCGGCCGCCGUCGAGAUCCUCAACAACCAAAAGGACUUCAAGGUGGUGUGGGGCGAGAGCAUUGGGUUCCUGACCAAGGACCCGACGGGAGAGAAUCCGGGGUUGGGAUUCGCGCUUGCUGGCGACGCGUCCGCCAACCGGCAGAGCAGGGAGCAGUUCAUCAAGUGCAUCUUCUCGCCCGAGGCGUGGCAGGACGAGGCUAGGCGGUUCUGCGAAGCCACGACCUGGGAUCUCCUCAGGCGCUACUCGGCCAAGGUGCAGGACAAGGGCCCGCAUCUCGAGGUGCACACGCACGAGGUGGACGUGAUUCGCGACGUCAUCGGCCUCGCCAACGCCCGCUUCUUUGCCGCCGUGUAUUCGCUCCCCAUCAAGACCGAGGGCAAGGAGGGCGGCGUCUACAGCGACCACGACAUGUUCCGCGCGCUGAUGCUCAUCUUCUCGCCCAUCUUUUGGGACAACGACGUGAGCAAGUCGUUCAAGCUCCGCCAGGACGCCCGUGCCGCGACGCAAAAGCUGGGCGCCCUCGUCGAGCAGCACAUUGAGGAGAUGGGGUCCGUCUUUCACAGUUUCAAACACUCUCAUGCGGCCGUCGUCGGAAAGGCCGCCAACGGCAGCGGCAUACAUCAGAACGGCGGUGAACUGCCGCCUACGCCCAUCUUGAAGAGCUACGGCGACCUCAUGCUUCGUCGGAUGGUCGAGGCCUACGGACAAGGGAAAUCGGUCAAGGAGGCCGUCUUUGGUCAGAUUAUGCCCUCCAUCGCUGCAGGCACCGCCAACCAGACGCAGAUCAUGGCGCAGUGUCUAGACUAUUACAUGUCGGAUGACGGAGCCGAGCACCUCCCCGAGAUGAAGCGUCUCGCCCACCUGGACACCCCUGAAGCUUUCGACACGCUGAUGAAGUAUCUCUUUGAAGGCGCCCGCCUCCGCAGCACGACGGCCGUGCCCCGAUUCGUAGCCGCGGACCAAACAAUCCAAGACAACGUCCCGUGCCUGCCGGACCCCAAGGACCCGACCUUCCUCCGGCCCAUCCCGAACCCCGAGCAGGCAGAGACCACACGGACGGUCAAGCUGCCCAGGGGCUCGAUUGUGCUGGUGGACCUGACGACGGCCGCGCACGAUGCGACCGCCUUCCCGGACCCGGAAAACGUCAGGCUCGACCGCCCCCUGGACUCGUACACCUUCUUCGGCCUGGGGCCGCACCGGUGCGCCGGCGAGAACGUCGUGCGCGUCACCAUGACGGCCAUCCUCAAGGUGCUGCUGCGGCUCGACGGGCUGCGGAGGGCCGAGGGCGGGCGCGGCGUUUUUAAGUCGCUCCCUGCGAGCCAGUGGCACGGCCAAGUGGGCAGGACGACCGCGGAGAAGCCGCAGUGGUCGGGGCUCAGGACCUAUGUCAACGCCGACGAGAGCGCCUUUUCGCAGGCGCCGAUGAGCAUGAAGAUACGUCACGUCGAGAUGAAGCGUUUCUCCAUCUUUGUAUCUGCCCUCGCCUCCACGGCCGCGGCCUCUCCCCUGGAGCAGCGUCAAGUCCAGCCCGUGCAACGCUUCGACAUUACCGGUUUCGCUGCCAGCUGCCAGGCCAGUGGGGGCUGCCGCUGGGCUUUCAUCGUCGUCGAGUUCCCCAACACGGCCACAGUCAUCUGCACCGGGAGCGUGUCCGCAGGCACCACAUUCCCGGCGACCACCUCGCCGUUCUCGUGCAGUGACACGGCGGUGUUAUUUCAGUUUCAGAGCAUCUCGGCGCUCGGCAGCUACCGCCUGGUCCUGACCGAUGUCCACUUGGAUGGGUGUUCGAGGGGUGGCUCGAGGCUGAUGCCAGCUGCGGAUUUUCCUAUGGUGACGGAUGGGACUGGCACGCAUCAAACCUAUGUCGGGACGACUUCAUUCAGCAUUGAGGCUACUGGGGCAUGUAUUCGGAAAUAG